AUGCCUGACCGCGUCUGCUCAGAAUGCAACCGCUCCCUCGACCGCUCCUCCUACACCAACACCCAAUGGGCCAGGGGCAUCGGUCUGUCACGAUGUUUCAACUGCGUCCAGGGCUUCGCAGACCUUCCCACUGACAAUACGGAUGCGGGAAGAUACAACAUAUCCAGUAGAGCCACGUUUACGCACCACGCACUGGCAAACCCCAUCGCAGAAGGUUCCUUUCGAUGGGUUGCCAAGGGCAAAUACGUAACCGGUCCUCGUCUCAACCAAGCUUGCGUGACGAAAUGGUUCAAGACCGGUGCCGUGUUUUCAGAAGACUUCUUUCGAUACGACAUAUUGGCCGUUGAUAAAGCUCUCGAGAUUGUCAACCGCUUCAAUCAGCUGGGCGUCGUGAACAGAGAGAUCAAGAUCAAUGUGCCGCAGGUGUGGCAGUUCGAGGACGAUUGCAGCGACAACUGGGCGGGCCAGAAUUCACUCGUCGAGCCGUUUAUCCAAAAUUAUCAAAAGUUCAACAGCAACACCGGCUGGAAUAACGAGUCCACGGCGUGGGGAAAGGUGAUGCAAGCCCUCAGCCACUUCAGCUACCACGCAACCGGCGGUUUCUAUGUCCUCUGCGACCUCCAAGGUGGCGUCUACCAGCAUGAGGUUGUCCUCUCCGACCCAGUCAUCUUGUCUCGACGCCGAGAGUUUGGUGUCACGGAUCUGGGGCCCGACGGCAUUAGCUCUUUCUUCAGCAACCACGAGUGCGACUAUUGUCAUCCUAAUUGGACUCGCCCUGCGAAUCCUGCCCAGUAUUUUCGGCCGUCACGGGGAACUGUGAUGAUGAAUAGGCAUGUGCCUACGGCUCGUUCGCGGCCUUUGGACACCAUUUACUGGGACGAUGAAUGA